CCCCCACCCCGCCCCCCUUCCGUUCAUCAGACACUCCUUCGCACAAUGUGCUAAAAUACGCCGGUGCUUAAGCUCCGCCGCCGUGCACCACCUCCUUUCAAAGUUCAUGGCACCGUACGGACCGGCCGCAUUUAUUGGUCUACUACUCUCCGCGGUCUUUCUCGAAACGCGAAUUUCUUCAACAGUUGCUGCACUUGAUUGCCCCUUGGAUUUGAGCAGGUCUAAUUUCACACUAGCCGCCUCUCUUUGCUCCAACCAAGAAGAUAAAGGAAAGUGCUGUCGUUAUAUCAAUGCCGUCAUUGCUGUUUCCGUCUCGCAGUACGCAAACACGACAAGCAACUUAGGUAUCCCUUCAGAUUUAUCUGCUACAUGCCUCCACACCAUAUCCAAGACUUUUGAGCUCUACGGUGUAACAAGAAACGCCACAAUAGUUUGUGGCUUCGGGACCAAAAUACCCCUGAACUACGAAUGCCAGGGUCGAUCCACCGUGACUCAGAUGCUCGAGUCUCCGAAAUUUAGCAAUGUUACCGAAAAUUGCAAAAUGCCCCUGUCGGGUGAUAAUAAUAGUAUUGCUUGUCGAAAGUGCUUGAAUGCUGGUAUUCUUUAUCUAAGGAAUUUGUUGGGUCCCGUUGAUAAUAUUACGUUGAGUACUUGCAGGGAUGCAACUUUCGUUGCUCUUGCUAGUGGGGUUGAUUAUGUGUCGAAUAUUGAUAUUGCGAGUUGUUUCUUCGGGAUUAGUCUUCUCUCCCCUACAGGUUUUCCACCUUCACUUCCACCACAGAUAUCUCCAAUUGCUGCUAGUCCAACUCAGCUUUCCCUAAACACACCUCUCAAUGAAAAUCGCCAUCCCUACCAUUUAACAGUAAUUGCAGGCAUAGCUAUUGCAGUUACUGUUAUUGCUGUCACAAUGCUCGUGGUAUUAAUAGUCCUCAUUCGUAGGAAAACAAAACAGCUCGAAAAUGAUAGUGAUAUGAACAAUGACACAACAUCCCCAAAAGCAAUCGCCCUUCCUUCUAGAAAAUUCCAAGAUGGACCAUCGUGUAUGUUCAGAAAAUUCAGCUACAAAGAAACGAAGAAAGCUACGAAUAAUUUUGGCACUGUUAUUGGACAAGGAGGGUUUGGAAUUGUCUACAAGGGUGAAUUUGAGGACGGUUUAGUUGCAGCAGUUAAGAGAAUGAGCAAAGCUUCGGAGCAAGCGGAUGAUGAUUUUUGCAGAGAAUUAGAACUUCUUGCUCGAUUACACCAUCGCCAUCUUGUUUCUCUUAGAGGUUUCUGCAUGGAAAGGUAUCUUAGGUUUCUAAUGUAUGAAUAUAUGGCAAAUGGAAGCUUAAAAGAUCACCUACAUGCACAAGGUCGAACUCCACUGAGCUGGAGUACAAGAAUUCAAAUCGCAAUUGAUGUGGCAAACGCGCUGGAAUACCUCCAUUUCUAUUGUGACCCUCCAUUGUGCCAUAGAGAUAUUAAGUCGAGCAAUAUAUUACUAGAUGAUAACUUUGUUGCAAAGGUUGCUGAUUUCGGGCUUGCACAUGCUUCAAAAGACGGCUCGAUUUCCUUUGAACCUGUAAACACCGAUGUACGAGGAACUCCAGGUUAUAUGGACCCCGAGUACAUAAUAACACAAGAGCUAACGGAGAAGAGUGAUGUUUUCAGUUACGGAGUUGUUCUACUAGAGCUCAUCACAGGAAGACGAGCCAUACAAGACAACAAAAACUUAGUCGAGUGGUCCAAACAAUUCUCUGCUUCAGAGUCAAGAAUAACCGAGCUAAUCGACCCUUAUAUUGGCGAUAAUUACGACUUUGACCAACUUCAAACCCUCGUGGCAAUAGUCAAAUGGUGCACGCAGAGAGAAGGAAGGGCGAGGCCUUCAAUGAAGCAGGUGCUCAGGCUAUUGUACGAAAGUGCGGACCCGUUUCAAAACAGUGGGUUCGUUGAAGCCUUGGAGGAUGACGAGAGUGGAGGGAGUAGAGGAAAGAAGAGUAGGGGCAAAAAUGUCUUUUCAAGUGGCGAUGGGAGGUGUUUGGCUUCUUCUUCGAGCACAACCCGUUCGCAUUGCAGUCGGAGCUUCCUCAUCGAAAAUGGAUCCCCUCAGUCGCCUAACAAUAUAUUUUCCAUUUAAACCCUUUUCCUUUUACUGUGUGUUUCCACUUCAUUUGUACAAUUUUGGUUCAACCUGGAAAAAAAGUGUAGUAAUUAUUUUUAA